AUGUUUUUACUCAAAUUAUAAAAAUAUGGAUGCAAUCACUUGAAUCAAUGUAGUUCUUUUUUUGAAAAUUUUUCCUUUAAGAUCAAAACUAAAAGGGAAUUAAAUCUAUCUUUAUAUUUAGCUGACUCACUAAAGCCGAAGACAAAACCUAAAAAUUAUUUGAAUAAGGGAAGAAUUAAGAAGCCAAAAAUUUUUCUUUUGCUGUAUUGGAAUAAGGAUCAAACAACAAGGAUUACAAUCAGAAAUACCAAUUAAAGUAAUGAACCUUAUAUUUUAUAUAAUUUAUUUGAUUUUUUGGGUUAUUAACAAAAAGGAGUUUUUGAUAGUUUAAACUAAUUGUUUCUAUAAAUAUAAAUCAAGUUAAAUUUUUCUUCUAAUGAACUGAGAAAAGCCAAAUUUCAAUUUACAACUAUAAAUGAAAUUUUAGAUUAAAGUUCCUCUUGGACUUGGGAGGUUUUGGAAUAAACCUUGAUUCAAUAUCUAUUAAACACCAAAACUAAAACUAGUAGCCCAGCAGCCUAGAAUUCUUGA